AUGGUCCAUCGGAGAAAACUGUUCCGUGGAAUAGUAAUCGGAGGAAUCACUGGAGGUAUCGAAGUCUGUAUCACGUUUCCCACCGAGUAUGUUAAGACGCAGUUGCAGCUCGAUGAAAGGUCCGCAACACCGAAAUUUAAGGGACCAAUUGAUUGCCUCAAGCAGACGGUAAGAAAUCACGGGUUCUUCGGUCUGUACAGAGGGCUGUCAGUAUUGAUUUACGGUUCUAUCCCAAAGUCGUCGUUCAGAUUCGGUACAUUCGAGUUUUUGAAAAGUAAGGCUGUCGAUGAACGAGGAAAUCUUCCGCCAGCAAUGCGGCUCCUUUGUGGCCUCGGUGCUGGUCUAUCGGAAGCUGUUUUCGCCGUCACACCUAUGGAAACUAUCAAAGUAAAGUUCAUUCAUGACCAAGGCCUUCCAAAUCCACGGUUCAAAGGUUUCGUUCAUGGAGUCGGUUGCAUUAUCAAGAGUGAAGGAAUUGGAGGAAUUUACAAGGGCUUAGCAGCAACAAUGGCCAAACAAGGUUCGAAUCAAGCUAUACGAUUCUUUGUGAUGGAAACACUGAAGGACUGGUACCGUGGUGGAGAUCCAUCAAAGACGGUAUCCAAGCCAGUUGUCGGUCUCAUGGGAGCCGUGGCAGGUCUUUGCUCUGUGUACGGAAACACCCCCAUUGACGUUGUCAAAACGAGGAUGCAAGGAUUAGAUGCAAAAAAGUACAAAAAUUCGAUCGAUUGUGCUGUGCAAAUAUGGAAGAAAGAGGGUUUCUUUGCCUUCUACAAAGGCACUGUUCCCCGCUUGAGCCGAGUCGUUCUCGAUGUGGCAAUCACGUUUAUGAUCUACGAUUCUAUAACGGACUUCCUCAAUACACACUGGAGGAAGCCAGCCGACUAA